AUGGACUCGCUGUGGUCGCGGUCGCCGCUGCUCUAUGUCGGAUCUCCAAUGGUCGAUCAGUCUGAGUUUGCAUUUCGGGCACUGUGCCGCCGAUAUGGCACCCAGCUCUGUUACACGCCGAUGCUUCAUGCCAAGGUGUUCCUCACCGACCCAACUUACCGCACCCAACGAUUGGACUACGACUUACUUGAAACGAAUACGACCGACCAUCCCGUGAUUGCCCAAUUCGCGGGCGACGACCCACAGGCUCUACUAGACGCAGCCCUUCUCGUUCAAGACCGCGUAUUGGCCGUGGACCUCAACCUCGGCUGCCCCCAACCUAUUGCCCGCAAAGGACAUUAUGGGUCGUUCCUCCUUCGAGACUCGGACACUAUCUUGCGCAUCCUCCGCGAUUGGAAAUCCCAUUUAUCCAUUCCAUUCACAUGCAAGAUUCGCAUCAUCGACGAGGGAAGCAAAGACCCGCUGGACCGAGGUCUGCAAGCGACGCUCCGCCUCGUCGACCAAAUCGAAGCCGCGGGGGCGUCGGCGAUCACGGUGCAUGGCCGCAACCGCGUCAUGACCGGUCGGAAAACAGGUCCGGCAGACUGGGUGGCCAUCGCCGCCAUCCAGCGCCGCGUGUCCGUACCCGUCAUUGCCAACGGGGGAGUCGAAUGCUUUGAUGACCUGGCAGCCUGCGCGACCGCCACCGGCGCACGAGGCGUAAUGUCCGCCGAGGCACUGCUGGAAAACCCGGCGUUCUUUCAUGGUCCCCAACGGCUCAGUCCGUUUCGACUCGUUCGCGAGUACCUCGAGUUGGUCCGCGCGUUCCCAUCGUGGAAUUUCCACCGCGUCGAGAAGGCUCACGUGGCACGGAUGCUGCAUGCCCCCCUGCGGCAACUUGCGAGGGCCGGUGGCACCGAUGCCGGCGCAUUGAUAGCAGGCUGCUCUACUCUUGAUGAGCUCGAGCUCGCGAUACAUACCGUGGAACAUGCGUGGACUCUACUCAAUCAAACCUGUCGACAAAUUGACAGUUGGUACCGUCGCCACCAAGUGGUGGCCGCCAAAAAUUUGAUCGAUCGAGAAGCACGGAAAGAAGUGCAGCAGCUGUGGCUCGCCGGUGGCCUUCGCCUCACGCGAUGAGGAGACAUGGAGAUUUUGUUGACGCUUGAAUGAAAUGUAGAGCAUCUUAAGGUACAGUACGUAACUUUAGCUGCAGCUUCU